CUGAGGAGCGGCCCUGAGGACAGACGUUGGGCAGGGGGGAGGGGCCGGCCCGGCCGGCGGUUGUUACUCGAGCGCCGCGGCUACAGGCCCCCCACCGCAGGGUGGACCGCCGAGGCGGAGGCGGAGGCGGCCGGCCCUGAUAAGAUGCUCCAAGUCCCUUGCAGCUCUCUUCAAACGAAAAAAUCACUAGUGCUCUGCUCUUGCCAUAAUACCAAACCUUUUUGACUUAUACUCUGGUGCUGCAAUGCUGGAAGAAUUGCACACAGGUUCCAGGAAUAUAUUUUUUUUUAUUUGAAUGAUUCUUAGUGGAUGGAGAAAGAUUUGAGUCUUAAUAAUUACUUUUUUAAAGCUAUUUCUCUGUAGUCUGAACUGCUUAAUAAAUUGGGCCACUUACCAAUGAGCCACACAGCCAGUUCCUGUCAGGAACUGGUUGAAAACUGUGCUGUGCUUGUAGCAGGGAUGGCACAGGAAGAUAGCCGUCGUGGUCAAGUGCCAUCUACCUUUUAUCAUGGUGCCAACCAAGAACUUGACCUGUCCACCAAAGUGUACAAAAGGGAAUCAGGAAGUCCUUAUUCCGUGUUAGUGGACACCAAGAUGAGCAAACCACAUCUCCAUGAAACAGAGGAGCAGCCAUAUUUCAGGGAGACAAGAGCAGUGUCUGAUGUGCAUGCUGUUAAAGAAGACCAGGAGAAUUCUGAUGACACUGGAGAGGAGGAGGAAGAGGAAGAAGUCUCUUACAAAAGGGAGCAGAUCAUAGUGGAGGUAAACCUUAAUAAUCAAACAUUAAAUGUAUCUAAAGGGGAAAAGGGUGUCUCUUCUCAGUCCAAAGAGACUCCUGUUCUUAAGACAAGCAGUGAGGAUGAAGAGGAAGAGAGUGAGGAAGAGGCCACAGAUGACAGCAAUGACUAUGGAGGGAACGAAAGGCAGAAGAAAAAGGAGAAGAUAGUGGAGAAAGUCAGCGUUACACAAAGGAGAACCAGGAGAGCUGCCUCUGUUGCUGCAGCUGCCACUUCCCCUACUCCCAGAACUACAAGAAGUCGUAGGAAGAGUGUAGAGCCACCUAAGCGUAAGAAGCGGGCCACAAAGGAGCCCAAAGCACCAGUCCAGAAAGCUAAGUGUGAAGAGAAAGAGACUCUGACCUGUGAGAAGUGCCCCAGGGUGUUUAAUACUCGCUGGUACCUGGAGAAGCACAUGAACGUUACUCAUAGGCGCAUGCAGAUUUGUGAUAAAUGUGGCAAGAAGUUUGUCCUGGAAAGUGAGCUGUCCCUUCACCAGCAAACAGACUGUGAAAAAAACAUUCAGUGUGUUUCCUGUAACAAAUCAUUCAAGAAACUCUGGUCCCUUCAUGAACAUAUCAAGAUUGUCCAUGGAUAUGCAGAAAAGAAAUUUUCCUGUGAAAUUUGUGAAAAGAAAUUCUAUACCAUGGCUCAUGUGCGGAAACACAUGGUUGCACACACGAAAGACAUGCCAUUUACAUGUGAAACCUGUGGAAAAUCAUUUAAACGCAGCAUGUCACUCAAGGUGCACUCCUUGCAGCAUUCUGGAGAGAAGCCCUUCAGAUGCGAGAACUGUGACGAAAGGUUUCAAUACAAGUACCAGCUACGCUCCCACAUGAGCAUCCACAUUGGGCACAAACAGUUCAUGUGCCAGUGGUGUGGCAAGGAUUUCAACAUGAAGCAGUACUUCGACGAACACAUGAAAACACACACUGGAGAGAAACCCUUUAUCUGUGAAAUCUGUGGCAAAAGCUUCACCAGCCGCCCCAACAUGAAGAGGCACCGCAGAACUCACACAGGCGAGAAGCCCUAUCCAUGUGAUGUGUGUGGCCAGCGGUUCCGCUUCUCCAACAUGCUUAAGGCCCACAAGGAGAAGUGCUUUCGGGUGACCAGCCCUGUGAAUGUGCCGCCUGCUGUCCAGAUACCACUUACAACUUCCCCAGCCACCCCUAUUCCUUCUGUGGUGAACACAACCACAACCCCAGCCCCUCCGAUCAGUAUGAACCCUGUAAGCACUCUUCCCCCUCGGCCCAUUCCCCACCCCUUCUCGCACCUUCACAUCCACCCACACCCUCACCACCCACACCACCUUCCUAUCCCUCCAGUCCCUCACCUCCCCCCACCUCCAGCUCUCUUUAAGAGUGAGCCUUUAAAUCACAGAGGCCAGAGUGAGGACAACUUUCUGCGGCACCUGGCAGAGAAGAACAGUACAGCACAGCAUCAUUAACAUCCGUCUCCUUAAGUGUGUUCUCCAGCAGUUUUGUUCCCAUGUCUGUUUACAGAGAGGGAGUUGGGAGCAUUUCUGUAGUUCUCAGGCUCUCCUCAGCCUCCACCAAGAGCUUUGUUAUUGUCUUGGUGAAUCAACAGAUCCAAGGGAAUGAACAAGAAGACUACCUUAAGCUCACAGAGGGAACUGUCAUCUAAAUCAGGGGAACCACCGAACUAAAGCCCAAUUUGCUUGCAUUUUCUGAUGACUUUUAUAAAUUUCAAAUACUCAGACUUGUGGAAUUUUAUAAUUUCAUAUCAGCUGAUGAGGUAUGCUUGCUUUUAUAUCUUGGACUUCUCCUCAAAGAGGGGUAGGCCUGGUUUCCUUUGUACUAAUCGGGAAGGCUGUGAGAUUAAUCCAGAGCAUUAAUUGUAUCACUGUGUAUCGUAAUGAAUUUUUUCAGCUUUUGGUGCUGGCUACAAAGUUGAGCUGGCCACGUUUCACAGUAUAUCAAGCAUUAUAGAGAAAGAUGGAAAUUUCCUUCUUUGUGUAGCUCUCCUAACGCACUCUUUAUUUUACUACAGAAAUUAUUUUAGAGUUUUUGUAUAGACUUCUUUAGUAGUCUGUUUCUAAAUGAAAUGUAUUUCAAUAAGCGGUGUAAUUUUUUCAGUGUAGCUGAACGUAUGUUGUAAAAUAGAAAAAAUUUUUAUAAUCAUCAAAAUGUGAUUGUUAAAGAUGCAUAUAACUUCUAUAAUUAUCCUUACAUCCGUACAACUCAAAGGUGCUUCAGAAACUAGAUGUAUCUGAGAGGGUCUCCAGACCAGGUUAUUGCAAAAAUGAGGUUUUGCUUUCAGAACCUGGCCUAAGCACAUGAUAGUUUUUAAGUCUCUGCUUAACUCUGAAAUGUCUGUUAGGCUCACUGACAUGCUCCUGUCCCCAUGUUCCAUUUCGCUCAGUUAGUGCAUUUACAUGAAAUGUUUUGCAGGGGGUUGGGCCUUUUCCAGGGAAGUCACCUAAGGCUUACAUCUGAAAAUCUCAGUAAAGCUGUUCACCAUCAAGAGGAAGAAGUAGUGGAGACUGUUUCAUUUCAGUCACAUCUGUUUCUCACUUCCCUUAGGAACUAUGUUCAUAGUUCACUUAUGUGGGAUGACAAAUUGAAGUCUCUUGUUUUGAGGUUGCUUUAUUUUUCUAGGAUUGUUAUGAGAAGCUAAAAUAGUAAACUAAAAUUACAAACAUGCUGUUGCUGAUAUUGGCUGAGAAAUUUGGAUGAGAAGACAAAUUGGUUGUGAGAUUUUAAAUGUCUGUUUUAUAUAAAAUGUGGACAUGUUCACAACUUUGAGUUAUUUUAACACAGUUUAAAUUGUAGUGAGGGAAAACUAAGUUUUAUUGCCCUAUCCUCUGCAAAUGUUUAUGUGAUACCAGCAUUCUUAGGUGAUAAAGAGAGCAGCACCUCUAAUUACCUUUAGGCUGGUUACUUCUUCAAGUUUGGGGAACUUCAAAAGAGCAUGGUGAACUAGGAGCUUAUCAUAGGAAAGGCUGAACAGAAGGGCUAACAUAUUGGUUACAUUUAACUAAGCAAAUUUAUACAGACUCAGUCUAGCUAAAAAUUUUGUAUUUCUUCAUCUCAGAGAACUGAGUUUCAAGGCUAGGUCACUUCCUCCUGUCCUUCCAUUUUUUAAUCUUGAAAUUUCUUCCUUGUUUUCCCCUCAGACUCUUAAAUCGUUGCCUGAGUCAGAACCCUGGCUUUUAUUUAUUUUUUAUUUUUAAUGUUAAAUGUGCAAGCAUGCUUCAGGCACUUUUCUGGCUGAUUAGCUCUCUGGCAGGAAAAAAUGGAACUCUUUCAUUUGAAGGUUAAAUCCUUAUUUUUAAAAUAUCUCACACUCUAUUAGCUUUUGGUUUAAUGUCUCCAAAUUUUCUCCCCUUGAUUUUGCCUUUGUCUUCUAUUAUGAGCAUAGGAUAAUUUUGGAGUGAGGCAGAAAAGUAUCUUAAGACAUACUUUUCUUCCUGUUUUUACAUGUAAGUUUUUAGGAAUGGUAUUUUUAAUAUUUAUAUACAUUCUUUGAGCACCCAGGUACCCAAGCCAAUAAGGAAAGAUAAUUCCUUGCUUAUGACUGUUGUGUCUUCACUGGCUGUCUCCCCUCCACAAUUUCCUUUGCAUUCCCUGACAAGUUUGUAAAGCUACACCUUUAUGUAGACAUAUCAUUAUUUCAUGGUCAAGCCUGUAAUAUUAAAAUGACAUUUUUUUUAAAAGAUGUAAAUUGUAGCUUAGUUAAUUGUUAUACCUUAUUUUGUUCUAAAUAAAUUUACAGUAUUGGGCAGCAA